AUGGGACCAGUGAUGAGAGCACAAGAAGAAGAAGAAGAGGACCAAUAUCUGAGUCCAACAUGGCUAAUACCAAUGCUAAGAGCAAACUACUUCGUCCCUUGUGCGAUUCACGCCAACUCCAACAAAAGCGAAUGCAACAUGUUCUGUCUUGACUGCACUUCAAAUGCCUUUUGCUCUUACUGUUCCAUCAAUCACAAAAACCACCGUGUCCUUCAGAUACGAAGGUCGUCGUACCACAACGUGGUGAGAGUCAACGAGAUUCAGAAGUACAUAGACAUAUCCUGUGUCCAAACAUACAUAAUCAACAGUGCAAGGAUCGUCUUCUUGAACGAAAGACCUCAGCCAAGAAUCGGCAAAGGCGUUACAAACACUUGUGAAAUCUGUUGCAGAAGCCUUCUUGAUUCUUUCCGUUUCUGCUCUCUUGGUUGCAAACUUGGAGGGAUGAUGAAGAGAGGGAAUCAGAGUCUAAGCUUCUCUUUGAAAGGGAAGCACGGGAGAGAGUACGAAGUUGGGUCGGAAUCUGAUGAAGCGACCACACCGACUAAGAUACGCAAGACGUGUGCUUUCAACCGUCUGAUGAGCGGUCUCUCCAUCUCAGCCGUUAAAUGCGAUUACUUUUCAGGUGAUCAACGGUCUCUGAGCAGCUCUGGUGAUGAUCUUUCUCCGGGAACGCCGCCGAUAUAUAAUCACCGGAAUUCAAGCAGACGGAAGGGCGUCCCACACCGUGCUCCCUUCUGA